AUGAGAUCUAUUGGUUUGUCGAAGUUGGCAUUCCUUAUGUCUGCAUUGCUGAUCAAUUCAUGCUUUUCCAUCAAUCCAAAUAUAGUUGUUCAACCAGAGACCAAGAGAUUCAUUGACUCUGAUGGUCGUGAACGUAAUUUCCAUGGAGUAAAUGUUGUAUAUAAAAUUCCACCAUUUGCACCAACUUUAGACUUUGAUGUAUAUCAAUCUUUUGGUCCAAAGGAUAUGCAAUAUCUCCAAGAUUGGGGAUUGAAUAUUGUUAGAUUCGGUGUGAUGUGGGCCGGUGUCGCUCCAGAGGCCAGAGGUCAAUACAACGAAACCUACCUCAGUUACAUGAGAAACAUGGUAGAUAUGAUGGAACCAUACGGAAUCUAUGCUUUGAUUGACAGCCAUCAAGAUCUAUACUCGCUCGUCUAUUGUGGUGACGGUGCUCCCAACUGGGCUGCCAAACCAAAGGCCAAAGAAGCAUUCCCAAUUCCAGUUCAACUCCAACCGUUCGUCUAUGACAACACAACAGGUUGGCCAUCGGACAAUGAAUGUGGAAAACACUCAUGGGGUAGCUACUAUGGUACUAUCUCUGUAUCGAGUGCCUUCCAAUCGCUGUACGAUAACUAUGAUGGAAUCCAAGAUGGUUUCAUCGAGCAAUGGCAACAAAUCGCUUCCACCUUCAAAACCAGUACCAACACCAUCGGUUAUGAACUCAUCAAUGAACCAUGGGCUGGUGAUAUUUUCGUUGAUCCAUUUUUACUCUAUCCAGGUGUAGCCGAUAAAAAGAAUUUACAACCAAUGUAUGACCGUUUAAACACUGGAAUUAGAUCAAUUGAUUCAGAACAUAUUAUAUUUUUUGAAAGUGUAACUUGGGAUGAGCUUCCAAAGGGUGUUGGAUUUGACCAUGUUCCAGGUGGUGAUGAGUACCGUAAUCUCAGUGCUUUGAGUUACCAUUACUAUGUACCACCCGAUUUCAGUAUCGAUGAAAUCAUGGAUGUCAGAAUGAAGGAUUUGGAUAAGCUGGGAUGUGCCGGUAUGCUCACUGAAUUCGGUGGAAACGUUGGUGAUUCCGAAUCGGUACUCGAGAGCACUCUCCUCACUAUGGAGGCUGUCGAGAGAGACAACCAAGGUUGGAUCUUCUGGAUCUACAAGGACUUCGCACCAGACUCAUACGGACACCUUUUCUUCAAUGAAAGCGGUGAGCCCGAUUGGACUCGUGUCAAACUCUUCAGUAGAACCUACGCUCAGGCUGUUGCCGGUACCACUAUCAACUCACAAUUCGACUCUACCACAGCGAAAUUCUCAUUGAGCUACACAAUCAACCCAGCCUGUAAAUUACCAACAGAAAUCUAUUUAAAUGAAGCUCUUUACUAUCCAAAUGGUUAUUCUGUUGAAUUCAUCCCACAAUUAUAUGCAAACUAUACAUCAACAACCAAUAGAAUUUUUGUCAAUCAUAUAAUUGAUACCAGUCAAGAAUUAACUGUAUUAAUCACUGCCAAUUAG